GAAGUCAUCAAACUACGGCCUUGGCAGCCUGCGAGUUACUCAAGCUCCAUUAUUGAAUUGCCUCAUUUAUGGAGGACCCGAAAUCUCAGGCGUCUUCGCAGGAGAAGCCGGAAGUCAGUCCAACUCUUGCGCCUGAAUCCGCCCCAAAACCUCUAAGACGGAGACGUCGUGUUCCCAUCGCAUGCGCGAGCUGUCGUCUCCGGAAAACGAAAUGUGAGCACAUUGUGCCAAGGAACAACACCUUGCGCAGACUCUCGGGACAAGAUGCCGGCGCAUACGAUUACAUUCGUUCUCUUGAAGACAAGGUCGAACAGUACGAGGCACAGCUAAGAACACUACAUAGUAAUCACCGCCAUGGAACAAACUAUCAACCAAUCAAUCACAAGCCCUCAGGCCAGUUGCCGACACCCACGCUUCAUAACAGACAAGCAUCUAUUUCAUUGCCGCCGAUUGUUGCACGUUCGCCUCUUGUUCUCGAUCAGGGCCCAGCCGCUAUUACAGCAGCGUCGCCUUCACUAUUUUUGGGCGGAGAUGGCGCCGUCUCAUUCACUCAGAUGAUCCUCAAUGCGAUGAAUCCGGAUGCUCCGAGCAGAGUCCAGUCAUCCACCCAAUUCUUCGCGUCGCCUCGUGAUCCAUCUCGAGAAAUGCCUGAUGCCAAACUUCACGAUCUCCCUCCAGAUGUGCGUGAGCUGGUCCAGCGGUACUUUGACUUCCAUCAUGUGUUGACUCCAAUCUUUCAUGUUCCUUCGAUUCGACCCCGGAUUGAGCAGGCUCUGGCAAUGGAUCGUACACGCCGAUAUGAAGAUCCCUAUACGCUGGCCAUGAUAAAUAUGAUCUGCGCUAUUGCCGCGGCACACAGGCGAAAUGGAUAUGAGACAUCAACCGUUCAGACUCGAAAGUACUACGACCGCGCUAUGGCACUUGUUGGCCCAACCAUAUUAUUCGAUUGGUCAGUUGAAAAAGUACAGAUAUUAUUACUAGGGGCCCGCUAUCUUCAAAGUUCGAAUUUUCCUGACGAGAGCUGGACUCUUCUCGGCUUGGCUAUCCGGAUUGCUCAAGGCUUAGAACUUCAUCGGCCGCCGCCAGCUCAUCUAGACUGUAUUCAGAAGGAAGUCCGGAAGCGUUUGUGGUAUGCUUGUUAUUCAACCGAUCAGCUGGCCAGUGCCAUAUACGGACGGCCCGUUUCCACUGCAUCAAAUACGUUUACUACUCCGCUUCCAGAGGAUCUGGAUGAUGACCGUAUUCAACCAUCUCAACUUCUCUACCCCUCAACACCCACCUUGUCUCUCAUGACUCAUUCAAUCCAGGCAGUGAAACUAUGCCGAAUUAUGGAAGCAGCCGCGGCACUUGUGAAUCCACCGCCAGAAAAGAUUAUGGAACUGGACGAGCAGUUCGAAGCCUGGGACGCACAACUCCCUUCUUCCUUCAGGAUCUAUGAGCACGGGCCGGUUCCAGAUGACACGAAAUUGAUAAUGGCGAUGAGAGCCAACAUGACGAGAAUCCUGAUACAUCGGCACUCAGUGGUCACCUCUUUGGGCUUGUUGGCUCGAGGCGAGCGACUCGUUCCUCCAUCGGGCGGUCUGCGGGCCAAUAUGAUGCAAAACAGUCGACAGAUAUGUGUCCGGAGUGCACAGGAAACGAUACGUUUGGUUGGCCGGCGCCACGAUACGACAAAGGCGGUUACGGGACCGAGCUGGUUUAAUUUGUAUUACUUAUUCAACGCUAUUCUCAUUAUUGCUUCUCAUGUUGUCGUUCCCGAGUUUCGCGAUGAUAAAGAAACACUGGCACAUCUCGAAGAUGGCAUGCGAAUGAUAGCGCAAAUGAGUGCAAACCAUACGACUGCGAGACGAGCACACAUUUUCUUGCGGCAGUUACUGGACCUGGUAGAAAAGGUGUUACCUCAGCAGGCCCUGAACUCAGUACGCAAGCCAUCAUUAUCAACGACUUCUAGUUCUUCGUCAAUGGUGCCGCCAACCCAAUCUUCAGUCCCGAUAACGGCCGAGGGUCCAUCUAAUAACUAUACCAAUUUUGCACAGACUCCCAGGGAAUUUAUGCAAUUAUGGGACAGCACGGUGGAUUUGACGACUGCCUUGGGUUCGCAACUUGAAUACUUUUCAUCAAUGGGCUCCGGGAUGUGGUCCUGGGGAAAUCAGGCUCAAGAUACCAGACCGUAUACGAUGAUGCCGUCUGGUAUUGUUCCGUAGUUCACGCCCAUGAUGAAUUAUGAACUGUUCAUUCUCGCCUUUCAAUGAAGCAUGAGUUACGACAGGAGCGACAAACGGGGCGUUUGUGGGUUCGAUUGGAGUUAUAUAUGUAUACGAUGGGCGGCGCUUUGGGAUUAUCUGUAGUCGACCUUGAUCUACAGCUCCUCGUUGAUCAUCAAAAAUAUCCUUGACAAAGUCACGUGUACUGCAGUUGUACGUAAUUGUAUGCGUAUUGU